UGGGAAAGUUGGAGACUGGUUUUCAGCUCAAGAAAAUCCGGCAUUCUGAACCCUGCUAAACCCCUACCACCGGCGGAGGUCUUAAAAGAUGGGGAAGAAGAAGCAUAAGCGACCGGAAUCGGAGUCGGAGGCACUUGACGGAGGCGAUUUUGAAGCUCGGCAUGAAACUGAGCUCAUUAAUGGAUGCUCUUCUGAGACGAAGAAGAAGAAGAAGAAGAGGAAGAAGCAGAAUGUUGAGAAUGAGGAAAUCGAGGGGGAGAAGAGGAAACCGAUUUCAAAACCUACAGUGAGCAUGGCAGUAUCCGGUUCCAUCAUUGAUAACGCUCAAUCCCUUGAGCUUGCCACCAGAUUGGCUGGUCAAAUCGCUCGAGCGGCAACCAUAUUCCGAAUUGACGAGGUGGUGGUAUUUGACAGUGGAAGGAGUUCAAUGACUGGCUCGGAUGUUGCGGCAGCUAACAAUUCAGAUGAGGAUGAAAGUGGCGCUGCUUUUCUUAUAAGGAUCUUGAAGUAUCUUGAGACUCCACAAUACUUGAGAAAAGCUCUUUUCCCAAAGCACAACAAUUUAAGAUUUGUGGGGAUGUUGCCCCCGCUUGAUGCCCCUCACCAUUUGCGCAAGCAUGAAUGGGGUCCCUAUCGAGAAGGUGUUACCUUGAAAGAAAGAGCUCCAGAUGCUAGAGGAACAUUAGUUGAUGUUGGUUUGAGUAAGAACGUGGUAGUUGAUGAAAUACUUGAACCCGGAAGAAGAGUAACAGUUGCUAUGGGAACAGAUCGCAAUUUACUUGCUGAUCUACCCCGCCAGGUUGUCUCAUCUUCAAAGCCUGUGGAAGAAGAACUUUACUGGGGUUAUAGAGUGCGAUAUGCUUCUUCUUUGAGUGCAGUUUUUAAGGAGAGUUCAUACGAGGGUGGUUAUGAUCACUUGAUUGGAACCUCAGAGCAUGGAACAAUAAUUAAGUCCUCGGAACUAAUACUACCUUCUUUCAGACAUCUUUUAAUUGCCUUUGGUGGACUUGCCGGUUUGGAGGAGAGCAUUGAGGAAGAUAACAACUUCAAGAGUAAAAAUGCUUGUGAGAUCUUUUCUUCGUACUUGAAUACAUGUCCACUGCAAGGAAGCCGAACAAUUCGAACAGAGGAAGCAAUACUCAUCUCUCUCCAGUACUUCCAAGAACCGAUAAGCAGGGCAUUGCAGAUUUCAGCAGAUUAGAUUUGAUUGUUAGAAGCUUCAAAAUCCAAGAUCCUGCCAAUGUGCUCGCAUGGAGCCGCUUUCCCACAUGGCUUGAACUUGGGCAGCUGAUUCAGUUGUGCUCACAAAAGGGUUUAAAGAUACGUCCGUCCCUUCUAUGUUGUAACUUUAAUUGUCCUUCAAAUUUGGACGCUUUAAUUCAUAUAUAUGUUUUGUUUUGAACUUCUAGGCCUUCAGAAUAUGAACAAUAUGUGGGUUAUUGAAAUGGAACCCAUUUUCAUCUA